AUGACGAAAACGAGCUUCAUGGACGCCAUCCUCAACCGGCCCUCACAGAGGUAUACCGAGCCGGUUGCAGCAAAGCCUCCAAGGAGUGCGCGCUACCAAGCACCCCCGGACCUUCCCAAUGCACCCGAUAAACCCGACUCCAUUCUGGCCGGCAACAUGUUUCAGGCAAAUCGAGCACUCACCUUGGCAGGUGGUGUCUACAGUCAAGCACCUUCAGUCAUGUCCGCAAAGAGCAAUACCAGCCGUUUCAGCCUCUUUCGCAGCAAGAACAAGUCUCGUGCGCCAUCCAUUUCAGGUGGCAGCAUCUACCAUGACGGCGAGAGUAGCAUUGCUCCCACAGACGUGAGUGCUAGCCCAAGGAAAGGUCGUUGGUGGGAAGCCGGCAGCCUCCCUCGCAACAGGUACUCUUCUCGGCCACCAAGCCUUGCCGGCAGUGUCUUUUCCGAACCUCAUAUCGCAGCUCCACCUGGCUUCCCACGCAUUUCCGACUCCAUCAAAGCCUCUACCCAGCCUCAUGGCGCCAGAAGCGAUCACCGCGGCCCAACAUCCAGCAGCAGAAUACGAACCUCUUCCAAUCCAGCUCCACCACCUGUGCCUUUGCUGCCCAACAAGAGCUCCACCUCCCUCAUGAGGCGCCACUCUGGCGUCGCUCCUCUGGGGCAGCAAGCUCCCAAUCUCAUGCGCCAGCCUUCCACCGUCUCACUAGCGCGCUCCAAUGCCAUGUCGGAGUCCAAUCUCGACCUAGCACGCCCUGUCAGCCCCGCUGCCUCCAUGGGUCGCACUCGUAGCACAAGCAGCCGUGUUGCCGCUCAGGGCGGCUCCUCCGACUGGAACAACUUUGUCAAGUCCAUGUCCGGCACAGAGACUGCAAAGGUGUGGGAGACCAUGCCAACAUUGGCUCCCAAGCCUCCCCGCAACAGCGAAAAGCGCAGCAGCAUGGUAGCAAAACGUAUCAAGAAAGAGCUCCAACAGGAUGCACAGUUCCAGCAGGUCCAACGUGAUCCAGGUGUGGUACAGCAGGAUCUCCUUGCCCGCGCUGCGUCGCAAGUCAUUGGAGACAUGUCACCAACACCCAUCUCAAUGCUUUCCGAGCCACAAGUUGCCGCAGUCCACUUGCAGCCUGCUCAGGUGGUGACACCCAUCUCCCCCGUCUACUCUCCAGUUGCUUCUACAUCUUCCAUCAACGUGGCACAGUAUCCUUCCUCCAUGUCGUUGCAAGCAUCAACCCUCGUGUCGGGUGCAGGUGCAUCGGCACCUGUCCUGAUUCCCCAAGCAACGGUGCCGGUCACGAUGAUCCAUGACCCUCAGCAGCUCCAACAGCAGCAAGUAUACCAACAGCAGCAGUAUCCACAGCAACUAGUGCAUCCCCAGGCUGUCGCGUACCAGUACGUUGACCCCUCAUUGCCAGUUACACCGCAGCAACAAGUCGUGCCCGCUGCGCCAGCAUCGCCGCCGACCGUCGCCCCUUCAAGUCCGCCAGCACAGACCUAUGCACCAGUCGCACUCGCAGCACCACGAGCAACCACGCAACAGCCAUCAACAGCACAAUACGUCGCACCGUCUCCACCUCUACCGGCCCAGCCACCAACUCAGACUAUGACAACAGCUGCUGAAGCUAGCCCGGCGGCACCUGUUGCACCGCCAACUACUGCACAGUUACUCGCUGAUCGCCUCGAGGAGCAAGAGUCAGCAGAAGAGAAUGCAGUCUCAGAAGAAGAGGAGGAGCAGGCCACCCCUGAGGACUCGGAUGAAGAAUCCGAAAUGUCUUCCGAUGACGGUCUUGUCACUGGCGGCCAACCCACCUUGGAUGUUGUCGCUGAGGAAGACGAGGAGGCGUCCAGUGUCGGCCACAACUAUCAUCAGGAGAUGCGUGCGCACAAGUCGAUCAAAGGCAAAGGUCCGAGUCGCACGUACGGCGAGUACGAAGCUCGCCUUCACUCUAGACAAGCUUCAGCACAGAGUCAGCAGGACGCCAGCGUUGACCAAGUGACUCCCAUCGCUCCUUCUGGCGUGCAGAUCCACAUCAUUGAGCCAUCUGCAACGACCGCUCGGCAGGAGUCGCCAGCCCCAGCCGCCGUACCCGUCCUCGAACAGGCCGUGGCCGCACCAGAGCUUGCCACUACCCUUGACAGGCCUCAGCUCGUAUCUCGCGCUUCCGAAGUCAGCGACUACAAAUCUGCCACAAGCGGUCGAAGCACGCCCACGGCAAAAGACGACGCUGAAGAGGCAGACGAGGAAGCUGCUGCGGUGGCAGCGCUCCUACAAGCUCGCAUACGCACGAAGCCAUCUGAAGAAAGUGUCUCGGCUGACACUGCUUCCAUUGCUCCCUCGCAACGACCAAGUAUUCGCACCUCUCGAUCCUCUCGACCGGGCACCGCUCAGCGACGCAUCAGCGACAUCAGCCUUGGCACCUCUUUCGCCGUCAGCGGCAUUCUCGGUCGACCUGAAUCGUCCAAGCGCCGCCAUGGCGAUGCCGACUCUGGCUCGGAUGCCGAGCUUUCCGAUGAUGAUGCUGACCUUAGGGCAAAGUCGCAUGCUGAGCAGGAUCGUCUCCGCAAGAUGAAUGUCGGUGAAGACUUUUUCGGUCCAUCUAUCUCGAACAUGCUCGACAAGUUUGACCGCUUCGGUCAAUCGGAUGCCACCAUCAACAAGAGUUUGCACGACUCUGAGCAGCCUUCGCGUGCAGCCGCCGAUAUCGCCUCAGAUGUGGUCCCUGCCACGACUGCCGAUCAGGAUGCCGACGCUGAGGCGCAAAGGGCCAUGAACGAGGUCCGACAGAAGCGCGUUGAAGCUGCUGCUGCCAAUGGCGUCAAUGGCGACAAGCACAAUAGCACCGACACCGGUCUUGCACAUAGCUUUGCCGCUGUCUGGCUCCUGAACCAAUCACAAGGAGGCGAAAGCCCUCCUGCCGGAUGUCAGACUCUCGAGGAGGCAGAUGACGAGACUAUCACGGCUGCAACUCUGCCCAAGGCAGGUCCCAAUGGCGUAGCUCUUGCUCCAAACGGAGCUGGCCCAGAGCAGCCGAAGGUGUCACUUCUCAACCGUCCACGUCCUAAGUCGAAGAAGCCCGCCGAGAUGGGUGGUCUUGCGAUCUCUGAGGGCAAGCUCGAAGCCAAGAGCCCUCAACCCCAGAACCCAGUGGAGGACACUCGCAGCACUUUGUUCGUGUCUCUGUCCCAAAACAGCGUCCCCAGCGCACCCUCAUCUGCAGGCAUGUCGCCAAGCAAGCAGGCAGCGACACCUGUCGCCAGCAAGGACAAGCCUGCGCCUGCAAAGUCGGCUUUGAAGCCCAAAGCUUCUCGAUCGUUGGCAGACACGCUCUUCGGCAUCCAGUUUCGUUCUCCAAGCAAAGAGAAGAAAGAAAAAAAGAAGAAAGACAAGAGCAAGCACAAGCGCAAGGCGUCGGUUGACUCCGUUGGCUCUGCAUCCAACAAGAGCGAUCGAUCCUCCAUCGUUGAGGCUGCCAAGCUUCCCACCAGCAAUAGCUCGUCUUCUAUCUCGGCGUCUCCAGCACCCGUCGCUGCCGAAGCAUCUGUGCCCGCACCUGCUUCUCCAUCCGCAAAGGCUCUUGGUAAGCAGCGCGCGACUGACGACGUCAGCAGCUCCCCAGUCGCCGUGUCGGAGCAAGCAACAGCGCCACCCGCAAUGGCGCAGUCCGAGACAGUCAACCAGUUCACCACUCCUUCGCAGAGCACGGCUGACAUCCAGACCGCUGCAGGUGCCGAGACCUCGCCGCAGAAGUUCUACACUGCGCACGAUCUCAAUGCUCUUGCCGACACGACGUUCCCUGUCUAUCCCACGGUGUUGGCUGCUACGGCAGCGCCGGCUCAAAACGUCGAUGUCGCAGCUUCUGUCGAUGCUCGUCCCGAACACCAGCGGACUCUCUCCGAGCAGAUGAAGUCGAUGGAUGGAUUCAGCUCGUUCGCGCUGCCCAAGCUCGAGUCUCCUCAAGUUGUCGCGCCAGUCGCCGAGGUCAACAAGUCAGAGGCUGUCGCUCAUGCUCAGGCCGCACCAGUGGUUCAGCCAUCCAUCAAGCCUGAAGCGGCUACCCACUCCUCUUCACUCCCGGUCCCAGUGCGCGAGGAAGUUGUCGACGACGCUUUGAGCGCGGAACACAGUGGUAUCCCGACAUCAUCUGAAGCCAGCGUUGCUAGCACCGCUCUCACAUCCCCCGAGGCUGAGAUGACCACCAAGCAGCCGGAGGUGGAGAAGGCUGUGGCGACCGAGUCUGCAGCUUCCGAGCCAGCUUCGGCUAUUCCAGCAGCACUCGAGAACUCAGAGAAGAAGCUUCCCAUGCCACCGCCCCCAGCAAUGACUGAAGUCAUGGCUGUGUCUCACGACGAUCGCACUCCCAUGGGCAAGCCUCAGAUGGUUCCCGGAGUUGGCAUCAAUCUGAUACCUCCCACGCCGCCUGCGCUUGAAUCGCGCAACUCCUUUACUUCGUCGCAAGUGCCUGGCACGCCCACCAUCGCUGAGCACGACGACGGCUCUGCGCCUCAGCGUCCUCCUCUCAUGUCGAGGUCGUCGAGCCAGCGCACGGCCACGCGAUCGAACUCGAAGGCGAAUGCCUCCAGCGACAUCCUCUCGAGAUCCAAAUCGAUGGCACCAGGAAAGAAGGGCAUCUGGAAGGAAUACAAAGGCAAGGGUCUCAGCUUGCCUCCUGGUCUUGUUGCCACCACAAUCGACUCUUCGCAGUUGCGCCGUACGUGUGCUCAGGAGAAGAAGACUCAGCUUGCUCCAGCAACAGCUUCGGCACCGGCGCCAGUUCCAGCUCCAGCAUCAGCACCAGCUCCAAUCUUUGCAUCUGCUCCCGCCGCCGUCCCAGUGCAGGCCUUGCAGGUGACUCCCGUUGUUGGUCAAGUCGUUCCUCUCGCCUCUGGUUCAGUGCUAGCAUCUCCGCCUCGCCCAGUGCGCACCACUCAGCCGGCCAGCCCCAACUCGAAGCGACGCAGCGCCUCGCCUGGUCCUAUCCCACAUUCGGCAUCGCUGAGCAGGAUCAUGGCCGAUGCACCCCCUGUGCCGCAGAUUCCAACACCUUAUCAGGGAGCCGCAUCGAUCUCGAGCUCAUCGUCCCAACUCUACGCCUACAGUGCUGCAUCCGCAUCCUCGGAUCACGCCUUGGGUAGUCGCUCCGUCUCCCCAGCUCCUAAUGCUGUGCCAAGUCAGUCUGGUCGAUCAGUCGGCUCUCACGUGUCUUCGAGCGUCCACUCAGCUUCGUUCCGCAGCAGCCCACGACCCGAGUACACUUAUGUCAACCACCACGAGCUUUCGCCGUACGCCAAGAAGAUGUGUGCCUUGUCUCCUAGCCCCGCUGUCCCUACGCUGGCUCAGACAGGCAAUCGACACUCGCUAAUGUCCGCCAUCAACGAAUGGGAAAGCCAAGUACCUGGUGAGAACGAAGAAGUCGUCGGCUUGUCGCCCUACCCAUCUCGACCGGUCUCGCCAAGCCCUUACCCACCUCUUCCUGCUUCGACGCUGUCGCGUGGCAGCUCUGUUAUCAGUGCAAUUAGCUCGCCAGCGGUUGUGCGCAAUGCACCACUUGGGGCUUCGACCAACCAGUACCUGCACCCGCCCAUUGCUCGUUCUCGCAUGUCGGCCGACGAGCUGGCUCCUGUGAGCGAGUCAGCUAUCGAGUCGCUCAGCCCUCCGUCGGUAAUUGGUGCCCCCUCGGUCGUUGGUCGAGGCUCAGGCGCUUCGUCUGGCAGUGACGACUCUUCUCCUUCGGCUUCGCAGUCGGCUUUGAGUCUCUCGAGCACCAUCCCCACCUCGAUGCCCACGGUGCCAACCAGCUACCGACCCAACAAAGAUCCCAAGCGUUUCAGCAGCAACGUCGAUGACCUGCUCAACAGCCGCACCACUAUGCAGUCUGUUGCCGUCACCAGCGGCGCUUUCGCCAGCAAGAACAGGUCGGUAGUCAAGCGCAAGAAGAGCGUCGACCUCAAUGGUGAUCGCAAAAACUCGUCGGACCUUCCUGAGCACCUUCAGGAUGAGUUGUCGUUGACGACGCUGUCCAUCACUGCACACACGCCUCCACCUCGCAAGAUUGGCUCGCACCAGGUCUUGGUCCAGGUGAUCGCCGUUGCUAUUGACGAGACGGACAAAUUGCUUCUCCGCGAAAAGUUUCGAAGUGACAAUGCAUUUGGCUUCGUUCCUGGACGUAGCUUCUGUGGACGCAUCGUCGAGUGCGGCUACGAAGUCAAGAAGAUGCGUAAAGGUGAUGUCGUCUUCGGCCUGCAGGACAGCCGCAAGUCCGGUGCUCUUGCUGAGUUCAUGGUCGUUGACCACCUCCGCAUCUGCCAUGCACCUAGCGACUGCCUGACGACCGAACAGAUCGCCGCUUUGCCUUCAGCGGGAGUUAUGGCUCACCAACUCGUCCAGAACCACUGCAACCAACUCGAGCGAGGCGCUCGUGUUCUCAUACUCAAUGCACACGAUGGUGUCGGUCUCCUCACCAUGCAAGAGUCCGUUGGUCUCGGUCUGGUCAUCGUCGCCCAAUGUCCUCCGUCCGUCUCUGAUGGCGUAGCAGUAUGCCAAGCCAACGGGGCGCACGAAGUCGUCAUCGGCGAACCACUCUGGGCCAUCAACUCUCUCCACGAAUCCUCCUUCGAUCUCAUCGUAGACACCGUCGGUGGACGUAAGAUCUACGAUGCUUCUCGUCGUAUUCUCGCCUUCGAUGGGCAAUACUGCACCUGCUUCGGUGACAAACAUGGUACGGCUAACCCCAACCUCAAGUCUCACUUCAGAAGCUUGAGGAGGGCCUUCUUUAAGAAGGACAGGAAGAAUAUAGGAUACGAAUGGGUCGGUGUGGACACGGGCGAGGAUUGCAAAGAAGCACUGGAGGCGGUGAAGAGGGCAGCGGAGAGUGGAGAUAUUUGUCCGAGAUUGAGGAGUGUACUGCCAUUCGCAGAUGCUCCUAGAGCGUUUGAUCCGACGACGAGGAAUGUUAAGGACGAGCCGGGAGCAAUUGUCGUUCGAGUCUCGUAG